GGUGGAUAUUUGCCAUCACUGAAUCCCUUCAACUGGUUUAAGAGUUCAGAUGCGUCUAAACCCGCAGAAGCCCCUAAACCCGAUGGAACGACAGAAGCCCCUAAACCCGAAGAAAAACAAGACGACAAAAAAUGA